AUGGACCAGGUGGCCGGAUGGGACUGGAUCGAGACCGGUGCCGAAAGAGAUCGGUGCCUGGAGCGACCAGUGGAGGUAUAUAAAGAAGAUUACAGGAAUAUAACAGGCCUUGUGAAGAUUAUGGUAUUAAAAAGGCCAGACAUUGUAAAAACGACUGAUGCAAUUGGAUGGACUCCGUUGCACUACGCAGCAUUGAGAGGGUACCUUAACGUAACUAGAGUAUUGCUGAAUUGCGAUAGUUCUACACUUUAUAUUUUGGAUAAAACUGGAAUGUCGGCUCUCCAUGUCGCGGCUUGUGCAGGUCACACUAAAGUAUUGAAAGAGUUCAUUCGACGUCGGCCUGAUGCUUGUGAUUUGCUCAAUGAUAAAGGCCAAAACAUUCUUCACUAUGCAAUUUUAGGUGAAUGUAUAUUUGUCGUCAAGUACAUAUUGAAGACCGCUAAACUUGCCAGGCUCAUAAAUGAAGCAGAUAAUGAUGGAAACACUCCUCUGCAUCUAGCUGCCAUUUACAGAAUAGAGGACUCUAUUAUCGGAAGUUUCGCAUCCGAUCCUAGAGUUGAUAGGACUGCUAUUAAUAACGAGUUCUUACAUGCCGUCGACAUCUAUGUUCGCCGCAAUUUUAAACUGAUCCUUGUUAGCCAAAUAGCUGCCCUAAAGUAUAAGAGGCACAAGUAA